AUGAAAGAUGAGGAGAUAAUCCAUUCAUGGCUCUCGCGAAUCCACUUCGAGGAAUACGCCAAUAACUUCAUCCGUGCCGGUUAUGACAUGCCCACCAUCUCCAGAAUGACACCUGAGGAUUUGACAGCAAUUGGUAUCACAAAACCACAGAAGAGACAAAUUCUCAAAACAGAGAUUCAAAGGCUUAGUAUCGCUGAUGGGAUUCCCUCUUUCAAACCCAACUCACUUCUGGAGUGGUUGAAGAUAUUGCGUUUGGAGGAGUACUUCCCAAUUCUAUGUCAACAGGGAUAUGAUUCGAUCGAUAGGGUGACUGAGCUGGCCUGGGAGGACCUGGAGGAGGUGGGCAUCACUAAGUUAGGUAAU